AUGGUGUUCGAACUACCGCAGGCCGUCGCUAACGUCCUUUUUAUCGGACUGAUUAGGUCGGGUAGCUUACAAGCGGCGAGGAGGGGAGGUCCCUAUUCAUUCUAGUAGCAUCCGCAAGUUUGGCAAUUCCAACUGCGCCAUUCGGGAGCCCAAUUCUUCAGGUGCAGUGGCGGCCCGCCCUUGCAGGCAUCGCUCGAUAUGCUUUGGAUAUUGUAUCCCACAUAUAUAUAGUAAUGUUUUUUGGUGCUGGGGUUCUUGUGGCGUUCGCCCGCUGCCGCGCUGCCUGCCUCACCCUUCCACUCGCGACCGACGUUCCCCCUCUUCUUACCCUUUACGUACUUUCGGUUUCCGCGAUCCUCCUAUCGCGUCCUGCGGUUUGGUGUUGUUAUCGUCGUCGCUGCGCCGUUGCCUCAUCCACCCUCCCGCCUCCCACCUCCGCCUCCUCCCAUCACUCCCUUCACCACCAUCCACCAACCCACGCCGCCCAACAUCCUCACCGUCCUCACCCACCUAUCACCAAACCAACCCUUCACCUCACCUUCCCACCCCCACAUGACCGCACUCCACAACCAACCACCCCUCGCCCACAACCCGCGCACCCCAUCCACCCACUCACUGCUUAGUACACUCCGCCUCGUCGCAGCUCCGCUUCCCUCGACCUCAGGUCA